AUGUCGACACGGGAGCCUUACAGCAGCACGGGUGAUGUCACCGAGCGUUUGAAGCCCCCAGCUUCCGUGCAGGCAAAAAACCGUCGCAAACGUUAUCUCGACCAGCACCCGGAGUACUUCUCUGCUGAUCUCGAAAUGGCUGAUCCAUUACUCUACGAUCGCCUCAUCCGGCGCUUUCAGACGCCCGCGGAGAGAGAGGCAGAGGGGCGUGCCAAAGGGUUCUCCGGCAUACUGCAAACUGACCUCUUGCGGUCUGAAGCGAAAAUAGAUGCGCUGGCUCACCCCGAUCCGAAUGCAAUGUUGAGUUACAAACGGGGUCCCAACGGUGAAAUCAUAGCCGAAGACAAGGAUGACAUACCGGCCACGAAAGAAGAAGGACAGAAACGUUGGCAGUGGGAAAUGGAAAUGCGCUUUCUCAAAGGUGCCGAUUACGAUUUUGACUACAGCGCAGUAGACGAAAAUGACGAGUAUGACGACUGGAACGAAGAGCAGGAACGUUAUUUCGACGAAGAAGAGCCUGAGUGGAUAUUGGAGGACCAAUGCAAACUCGCAGGAGAGACUGGCAUACAAGAUUAUUGA